AUGUCUAUAAUUCUUUUUGCUAACUGUUAUUCUGUUGAGGGAGAAAACAUAGGAGAGCAAGAAAAACAUGAUUUAGAUAUAACUAAACGUGCCAAUGAAAUAUUGGAAAAAAUAAAUUUAAAAAUUUUAAAAAAAGAUCAUAUAAUAGAUGAGGAGCCUGAAGAAUUUAUGGAAAAAUCAAUGCAUAGUAAUGGUUUAAAUUAUGAUACAAAUUUAUUCCAAGGUGAUGUUAUUCUAACAAAAGAACAAGCAGAAAAAAUGAUUAAUUAUGCAAUGAAAAAAGCUGAGGAAAAACAUGUUGAUACUUCAAAUAUUGAUACUGAAUUAGAAAAACAUUAA